AAGGACUCUAAGACUACAGUUGCAGAGACUGCUGUUAAAGGAUCUACAAAAGUAUUGUUCAGUUUAGAUAAAGCUGUAGAGAAUUCAAAGCUAGAACAACCAUGGAAGAAAAACCUUUUCCAAAGAGUAGAAGCAAGAGCCCAGGCAAUGCAGAAGAAAAUAAUAGACAAAGAUAAUCUGAAGAAGGAGCUAGAAAAAAAGGCUGAAAAGAAACUCCUUAAGGAUUAUUUGGCUGAAGAGUGGUUUAAUAAUGAAAAGACUACACUGAGUACAAGGGCGUAUUUGCUUGACAAACUCCUACCCACCUUAGUUCCUGGAAUAGAAAAAACGUUAAUGCAAGGAGAAAAGAAGAAGCUUUUUGAAGAAGUUGAUACUGCAGCCAAGUUUGACCCGAUUAAUUUUCUGGGGGAAUACUUAAUGAGAAACAAUCCUAAGUAUGUCAAAGAUGAAAUGUCUGGGUAUCAGAGGGAGAUGAGAAAAGUUGCAGAAGAUCUGAAGAUCCAUGUUCCUGAUACGAUCUGCAACAGCGAUUCUGGAUUGGUCUGCACUGUUUGUUUUUACAAACACAACAAUCCCACAAUGCCCUGGAAACAGAAGAGUAUUUUAACUCACACAAAUAAACAAAGACAGUAUUUCAAACAAAUGACCAAGAUGAUUCAGAAUGUUCUUCAUGGUUUUUUUCAAAGUCCAGAUUUCAAGCAUGAAUCAUCUUGCAAGCAACUUGAAAUUACUGAGUCACUGGAACCAAGACUGGACAAAAAGCAGUUUAUUGAGUACAUAUCUUCACACAUUAUUGAUUUCAAACAUGAAAUGUUUGAGGAACUCCUUAGACACCUUUGUCACUAUGCAGAUGAGUUUCGGGAGGUCAUAAAAGCUGACAUGCGGAGGCAGAUCUUUGCUGAACUCUUCCUGUACUGUGACUGUGGAAAGGUAGGGUUUUUGGAUCGGCAGAGGACAUUAACCUUGCUGGAAGUAUUCUAUGACCAAAGUCCAAAAAUGCUUAGGACAUUACUCCGAAACCCACGACAAUGGCCAUUCAUGGAAUUUGAAGAGAUAAAUUUGCCUGAGUUCUGGGGAGACAUGGAUAAUCAGAAACACAUUUAUGAAGACUUUGACCGUGUGAUUUCUGGAAAACAAGCCAGCAAAAUGCAAAGUAAAUUGUUAAAAAAUCAAGAUCAACAAAAUCAUAAUAAACAGAGAAAAUCAACAUUACCACCCAAAUCACCAAAACAGCAGAGAAGUACAACUGAAGAACAAGAAUCACAAAGAAUGUCAAUAGAAGAACAAGGUAAAGAGUUAGCUACAGAACAACAACUGCGUAGACAAUCAGUAACAGAACUAGGAACCUACACAGGGUCAAGUCCAGAACAAAGGUCAAGUAGAGAGUCAAUAAUAGAACAAAGCCAAUCCAGGAAGUUGAUUGGAGAAGAACCACAAGGAGAAUCAACUUUAGAAUAUAGAACCCACACAGAAUCAACUGUGGAACAAGGACUUCACAGAGAAUCAGCAACAGCACAAGGACAGUACAAACAAAGAUCACAUCAAGGGUCAACUGUAGAACAAGGAUCAUUCAGACAGUCAAUAACAGAAAAAUUAUAUGAAGAGUCAACUGUGGAACAAAAAUCACAUACAGAGGCAAUAAUAGAACAAGGAUCCCAUAGAGGGUCACCUGAAGAACCAUUAUCACGUAGAGAGUCAAUGAUAGAACAGGAAUUACAUAGAGGGUCAACUUCAGAACAAGGAUCACGUAGAGAGUCAACUUCAGAACAAGGAUCACAUAGAGAGUCAAUUAUAGAACAGGGAUCAUAUAGUGGGUCAACUGCAGGACCAGGAUCACGCAAAGUGUCAAUAAAAGAACAAGAAUUACACAGAGAGACAAUUCUAGAACAUCAGAACACAUACACAACUUCAGAAUCAAGUACAAAAUUUAGGAAGGUUAAUUCUGAGUACAUAGUAAUUCCUCCACAGGAAGACUGGUUUCAGGGACAAACAUAUGAAGAGGAACUACCCAUAAAUUCUGAACUACAAGAAGUUAUAACAUCAAUUAAAAAAGAUCAUCUUUCAGAAACUGCAAAAAAAGUUCAGAAACAAAAAUCUUGUGAACUCAAGUCCUCCAAAAUAGAAGGAAGGUCUUGGUCAGGUGAAUUUUUUACUUAUAAAUGGAAGAUGAAGUAUUCCAAAUUUGAAGAUGAGGAGCAGGCAAACUUAAUCUGUGGUGACCCCAGAUUCACAGACCUACACGCAAUUAUCAGAAAUAAUCAGUCUUAUAAGGAAAGGAAAGGCAGGAUUGCCUUCAAUGGAGUUUCCCUCAAUCUGCUCCAAUUUGUGCAACUCCUGGAGACAUUUGUUGGUGAAGAGUCCACCUUGAAUGUCAGUGAGAACCUCGCUGCCUUUUUAAAGAAGUUCUAUGUUGAAACAAAAGAAGAGAAAAUGAGUGGCUUAGAACAGGCUCGCCAAAAUAUUUCACGAGUCCGACGGGGGAUUCUUCUAGAAGCCCUCUUUCAGAAGUGGGACUGUGAUAGCUCAGGCUUCCUGGAUCUGAAUGAAGUUGAUGAACUCUUGUACACAUACAAGGAGGGAAUGGAAAAAGAAUCUAUGAAAAAAGCUAAGCUACACAUCCAAUUUCCAAAGCCACACCCUGGUCAUGAAGUGAAAUUAUCCUCAAAACGGUUUCAGAAAUAUAUCGAAUUGGUUGUAUCUGAACUCAGGGGCAAUGAAGAGCAAGUUCUGGAAAGUGUUGUAGAGUUCCUGAUGAAUGUUUUGGAAAGGAGCCAUAUUGAGAUUCUGAGGAAUUUUGCCAGGCAGAAGUGGCUGCACCAAAUCCAACAUGCUGCAGACACCAGUGGGGUGUCCCUGGAACCAGUGUACACUGAGACUUUUAAGGCUCUUCACCAGGAUGCUGAAGCUCAUGGAAAUAAGAAGAUUAGUGCACACAUUUCUCUCUUGGAAGAAAAUAAACUACUGCCUGAUAGAGGGUCUGUUCUGUUGAGGAAUGUGGCUUGUACUUCAGAUGAUGCUCCCUUUGUAUUGAACAAAGUGCUCUAUAGGGACAUGAAAGGAAUUAGCUUUACAGUAAUGGACGAAGGGAAACCAAUCCACAUCCCUCAAGGCCAGCACCAUGGGAACAUCUUCUUCUAGAACCAUUCUCGCCCUAAGAGUGAUUUUAACGGGUCAUUCUUAGCUCUGCCUCUUCAGGAUGCAUAUAUGAGGAUCUUUGGAGUCAUUGCUGUUGACACCCUAAGAGAUCCUCAGGAAAUAAGCAUCUUCUUACCUCAUGAGAUCAAAUUCUACCAGGGUGUUGCCAAUGUCUUUAGCACUGCCUAUCACUAUGUCCACAGCCGGGAGCACAUCCUGCAUGUCAUCAUCACUGGCAUCGGCUGGUUGUAUAGCAUUGUACCCAGCAUCACCACCAUCACUACGUACUUUGUUGAGCCUGACCCACAACAGAAUUCAGACUAUGUUUUACGUAAUAUGAUGGUUACAGGGGCCCUUGGUCUAACAGAAGUACACACCAAUCCCCCUACUAUCUUUAGGAAGACAUGUAUCUUCAGAGAUUUCCUCUUUAAGUGUACAGACAGUUCAGAAGUUGUUUUGGCCUCUGCCUUUGGAGAAACCCACAUAGUAAUUCCACUUCGCGAAAGAACAGGAGAGGCUCUGGGAGUCAUAGAUUUUAACAUUGGCCGGAGUAGAAUGUUAUUGUAUCGAGAAUAUAAAGAUCUACAGAAAAUGAUGAAGGUGGUCCAAGCUGCCUGCUAUGAAAUACUGGGCGAAUUCUCUGGAGAGAUAAAGAAAAAACAUGUCUUCGAGAUUGAAAAUGCAGGGGAAGUCCAGCGGGCAGGGAUUAUCUUCUUCCGAAUCAUGCUGCAGGAACUGCAGGAAAGCAUCCAACUGCUUGACUCCAUGGACAUUGUGUCACUGUUGACUUAUGAUCAUAAACUUCUAACAGAAUCAAAAUAUUUUCAAGAUUCAUCUGAUCAUAUCCAGGACAUUGAAGCCAACACAAGCCUAGUGCAUGACAUCCUGAUGGGGAUUAUUUUGUUCUUUCAUCCAGAGUUGGAAUUCUCAAGUGACUUCGAGGAUUGGGAUGCCUGUAAACUGUAUAUUAACAGAGGCUUAAUAGAGGAUAUUUGUACCUUUGAUCCAACUUCUAGCAGCGUGCAAGUUAAUUUAAAGCUCAUUGAUGGAUAUAUCAGAGAUCAUUCCCGAAUCAAAGUAUGGAAUUUUGGUAAUAUUGCCCUCGAAUACCUAUACCACUGGGCACACAUCUGUUCAGCUCUAAUAGAGCUGAACCAAAAGCUAAACAGUACUGUUAGACCUCCAUUGCCCUCCCAAACGGACUCAUAUCUGUAUGCAAAAAUGCCAGGGGAAACCUUGCUAGGGAAAAACUAA